UUUAACCACUAAAAAAAUUGUUACGAGUGAGGCAUCUUCCCAAAGAGACGAUCCUUCAUGACGCAUGUUUUUUGCGCGAAACUCAGUCGGGCUAGAACGCGGAAGCAAGACAGGAAGAAUUGGAGAUGAGUAAAAAGGAUAACGGUGUUGGCGUCAUCCUGGCCUACUUGAACGCCAAGAACCGCCCUUACAGCGCCCAGGAUGUCUUCUGUAACCUACAAAAGCAGCACGGAUUGGGCAAAACCGCAGUGGUCAAAGCCGUGGAGCUGCUGGCACUGGAAGGCAAGAUAAAGGAGAAGACUUACGGCAAGCAGAAGAUUUACUUUGCUGAUCAGGCUCAGUUUAAAGACGUGAGCGAUGCAGACCUGAAGGCCAUGGACGGUCGCAUCUCCCAGCUCAACGAGGAACUGCAGACCCUCAGCAAGAGCUGCAGACAGCUGGAUGCAGACCUUAAGGAGCUCAACAGCAGUUUGACCACUCAACAAAUGAUCUCCGAGAUCGGGAGGCUGAAAGAGGAGUGCUCAACAAGCCGUGAGCGUCUGGAGAAGAUCAAAUCUGCGAGCAAUCACGUCACGCCCGUGGAAAAGGAGAAGGUUUUGAAAGAGCAAAAUGUGUAUGUGAAAGAAUGGCGCAAGAGGAAGCGACUGGCUUCGGACAUGAUGGACACAAUCCUGGAGGGAUACCCCAAAAGCAAGAAGGAGUUCCUGGAGGAGGUUGGUGUGGAGACAGACGAGGACUAUAAGGCAGUAGUGCCGACUGUCUGAUCCAAUUGUUGAAUCUAUAUUUAAAGACUGAUUUAGUUUUGUACAAUUUAUUCUGAUUUUAGUUCAUCUUACUGCACUCGUGUGUGACGUUUGGCAGAUAUAAUUUACAUUUUGUGCCACCUUAUUAAACGUUCAGGACAGAUGGAUCUAUCAACAGCAUAUUUAUUUAGGCAGGAGGGACGCUCUGGAAAAAACAUACAGCACAAUACACUUUGAAGAAGCAAGAGAACAGGAAUAAUUCAGCAAAUAUAAAAUGUUUGUCAAACGGACACAAGUACAAUCUUCUGUGUCCUAAAACAUCAUUAUCCAAAACUCAAAUUGGUUUCCAGCAAAACAUUGUCUAA